ACGGAGCCAUGUGUCAUGUAAAUGUCGUCUGCAGGCUGUCUGGGCCGGCUGGGGUCACGCCUCGGAGAAUCCGAAACUUCCCGAGCUGCUUCACAAGAAUGAUCUCUUGUUUAUCGGGCCGCCCGAGCAAGCGAUGUGGGCGCUCGGCGACAAGAUAGCAUCUGGUAUCAUUGCGCAGACGGCGGGCGUUCCUACGCUACCGUGGAGUGGUUCAGGCUUGACCGUCGAGUGGACAGAGGAGGAUAUGAUCAAUGGUAAAGUAGCCACAGUUCCUCCACACAUCUAUGACAAGGGAUGCAUUCACAGUGCAGAGGAAGGCCUGGAGGCAGCAAAGAGGAUUGGCUUCCCCGUGAUGGUGAAAGCCUCGGAAGGCGGAGGUGGCAAGGGCAUCCGUAAGGUUGAGAAGGAGGACCAGUUCGCAAACGCCUACAGACAGGUGGAGGCAGAGGUUCCCGGCUCGCCUGUGUUCAUCAUGAAGCUGGCGAGCGGAGCACGUCACCUGGAGGUGCAGCUUCUCGCGGAUGAGUACGGGCAGGCGAUCUCGCUGUUCGGCCGCGACUGCUCCAUCCAGCGACGACAUCAGAAGAUUAUAGAGGAGGCGCCCGUCACCAUCGCACCGCUCGAGGUGUUCGCGGAGAUGGAGAAGGCUGCUGUGAAGCUGGCACGCAUGGUGGGCUACGUGAGUGCAGGCACAGUAGAAUACCUAUACAACGAGGUGGAUGGCACUUUCUACUUCCUCGAGCUGAACCCGAGACUGCAGGUGGAGCAUCCGUGUACAGAGAUGGUGGCAGACGUUAAUCUACCAGCAGCACAGCUACAGAUAGCGAUGGGCAUACCCAUGCACCACAUCAAGUGCAUCCGAACGAUGUACGGAGAGCAGCCGUGGUCGAACACACCGAUCGACUUUGAAUCGCCGCGCGUGCGUCCGAUGCCACGAGGACACGUCAUCGCCGCACGCAUCACGAGCGAGAACCCCGAUGAGGGUUUCAAGCCUAGCUCGGGUACAGUACAGGAGCUGAACUUCCGCAGCAGCAAGAAUGUGUGGGGCUACUUCAGCGUGGCGGCCUCUGGUGGCCUGCACGAGUUCGCUGACUCGCAGUUCGGCCAUUGUUUCUCGUGGGGAGGCACGCGGGAGGACGCGAGAGAGAACCUCGUCAUCUCACUAAAGGAGCUGUCUAUACGCGGCGACUUCCGCACAACGGUAGAGUACCUCACCAAGCUGCUGGAGACGGACAGCUUCCAACACAACCAGAUCGACACCGAGUGGUUGGACAUGCUCAUCGCAGAGAAAGUGCAGGCGGAGAAGCCAGACAGGAUGCUCGGCGUGAUAUGUGGCGUCCUCCAUGUUGCUGACCAGAGCAUCCGCAGCACCUUUCACAACUUCCAGCUGUCGCUAGAGAGGGGGCAGGUGCAGUCGGCGAAGACGCUGACAGACACGUGUGAGGUAGAGUUGAUAAUGGACGGCUGGAAGUACAAGGUCGCCGCAUCAAAGUCAUCCCCCAUCAGCUACCUGCUGUGUAUGAACGGCUCCACCAUAGACGCAGACCUACACAAGAUGAGUGACGGCGGCAUGCUGCUGUCAGUAGGGGGCGCUAGUCACACGACGUACAUGCGAGAGGAUGUCGGACAGUAUCGCGUCGUCAUCGGCAACCAGACGUGCGUCUUUCAGAAGGACAACGAUCCGACGGUGCUGAGCCGGCCGUACGAGGCGACCAAGCUCAACCAGCUGUUCCUGCAGGUGCGCAUGGAGCUGGAGAACUUCCUGUCGGGCUACUGCCUGCCGGAGCCGUACUACAGCAUGCGCGUGCGCGACCACGUCAACCAGAUCAUGAAGAUACUCAAGGAGCCGUGCCUGCCCCUGCUCGAACUACAGGAGAUCAUCUCCGUGGUCGCGGGCCGUCUUCCCGCGAACGUCGAGCGGCAGAUCCGUAAGCUGAUGGCGUCGUACGCGAACAACGUCACGUCGGUGCUCUGUCAGUUCCCGAGCCAGCAGAUAGCGAGCGCGAUCGACGGUCACGCGGCGACGUUGCAGCGACGCGCCGACCGCGACGUGUUCUUCAUGACGACGCAGAGCAUCGUGCAGCUCGAUCACCUGUACAACAACGAGCCGGGUCUCACCGAUGACCUUGACAACAUCCUUAACGAGCUGACGAUGCUCAACCGCGCCGAGAACGCGCGCGUCGCACUCCGCGCCCGCCAGGUUCUGAUUGCUGCGCACCAGCCGUCGUAUGAACUGCGUAAGAACCAGAUGGAGUCCAUCUUCCUGUCAGCCGUCGACAUGUACGGACACGAGUUCAGACCGGAGAACCUACAGAAGCUGAUAUUGUCGGAGACGUCUAUCUACGACGUACUGCCAGCGUUCUUCUACCACAGCAACAUGCUCGUGCGCAUGGCCGCGCUAGAGGUGUACGUGCGCCGCGGCUAUAUCGCGUACGACCUCAACUGCAUCCACCACCACCAGGUGCGCGACGACCUGUGCGCCGUCGAGUUCCAGUUCCUGCUGCCAAACUCGCAUCCAAACAGAAACUACCGAUUUUUGCCAGGCUCUGUGAGGAAGCUGAGUAGUUCAUCAGGCAGCGGGGUGAUGACUCGCGUCGCCAGCCUCAGCGACGAGUUUUCAGGCUUCGAAGCGUCGGUGGCGCCACCUAGCUGCCAGCGCAUUGGUGUCAUGGCCGCCUUCGACAGCUUCCAGCACUUUGUCGAGUUUUUCGAUGAUCUGUUGAAGCUGAUACAGGCGGUGAGAACUGACAGCCCACCGAUGCCCUUCUCCGAUAAAGGCAGUGCAAAGAGCCUCGAGAGUAAUGGCAGUGACGACCCAGUGCACAUCGUUAACGUAGCGAUCAGGACGAACGAAGAUAAGAAGGACGCUGUGUUCGCUGCCAUGUUCCAAGAAUUCAUCAUGUCAAAGGUAGAGGAGCUGAAGGACAAGGAGAUUCGCAGGUUCACGUUUCUCACGCUCUACAGACGACAGUUCCCAAAGUUCUUCACCUACCGGUCGCGCGACAUGUUUCAGGAGGAUAAGAUCUACAGACAUCUGGAGCCAGCGCUGGCCUUCCAGCUGGAGAUCAAUCGAAUGCGGAACUUUGACCUCGCGUUUCUGCCGACGCCCAAUCACAAGAUGCACCUCUAUUUCGGUAGCGCAAAGGUUCCAAAGGGUCAGGAGGUCACCGACUACAGAUUCUUCAUCCGAUCGAUCAUUCGACACUCGGAGCUCAUCACCAGGGAGGCGUCGUUUGACUUCAUGCAGAAUGAGGGUGAGAGGGUGCUGCUGGAGGCUAUGGAUGAGCUGGAAGUGGCCUGCUCAGCUCCUAAUCACAAGAAGACGGACUGUAACCACAUCUUCCUCAACUUUGUGCCAACUGUCACACUGGAUCCAUCUAAGAUAGAGGACAGCGUGCGGAGCAUGGUGAUGCGCUACGGGCCGCGGCUGUGGAAGCUGCGAGUCACGCAGGCCGAGCUGAAGAUGAUGGUGAGGCUUACAGCUAACGGCAAGCGCAUCCCCAUCCGUCUGUUCCUCGCUAACGAGAGUGGCUACUACCUCGACAUCAGCCUCUACCGUGAAGUCAACGACCCCAACACUGGCCAGCACCGGCCAGGUAAGGAGGAUGGUCUGGGCGUGGAGAAUCUACAGGGCUCAGGCGUGAUAGCUGGCGAGACGUCACGAGCGUACGAAGAAAUCAUCACCAUGAGCUUGGUUACGUGUCGAACGAUCGGUAUAGGAGCUUACAUCGUGCGUCUUGGCCAGCGUGUGAUCCAUGUCGAGAACUCGCAUAUCAUUCUCACCGGCGCCAUCGCGCUCAACAAGCUGCUGGGACGUGAGGUCUACACAUCCAACAACCAGCUGGGUGGAGUACAGAUCAUGCACAACAAUGGUGUGUCGCACGCGGUUGUGCGUAACGACAUGGACGGCAUACAUCUCAUGUUACGCUGGCUGUCCUACAUGCCAAAGAACAUGACGUCUGGCCUCCCGAUCGUCAAGUCUCUCGACCCCGUCGAUCGUGAGAUACAGUUCUACCCGCCCAAGUCAGCGUACGACCCGCGGCACAUGCUCGCCGGCCGCAUCGACCCGCUCACCAACGUGUGGGAGAGCGGAUUCUUUGACGAGGGAAGCUGGAUGGAGAUCAUGGAGAAGUGGGGUCAGACGGUCGUCGUCGGGCGCGCAAAGUUGGGAGGCAUCCCUGUCGGUGUCAUCAGCGUUGAGACACGCACUGUCGAGGUGGAGGUCCCGGCCGACCCCGCCAACGAUGACUCCGAGGCUCGGCUGAUACCGCAGGCUGGGCAGGUGUGGUUCCCAGACUCCGCCUAUAAGACGUCGCAGGCCAUACAGGACUUUGGCAAGGAGACUUUACCGCUAAUGAUCUUCGCGAACUGGCGCGGUUUCUCUGGCGGCAUGAAAGACAUGUUCGACCAGGUGCUGAAGUUUGGCUCGUACAUCGUCGACGCCCUCGUCGCCUACCGACAGCCAAUCAGCAUCUACAUCCCGCCGAACGCGGAGCUGCGUGGCGGAGCGUGGGUCGUCGUCGAUCCGUCCAUCAACAGCCGCUACAUGGAGAUGUACGCUGAUCCUGAGAGCAGGGGAGGGGUGCUGGAACCGGAGGGCACUGUGGAAAUUAAAUAUCGCACGAAGGAUCUCAUCAAAACGAUCAACAGAAUCGAUCCCCUGUGUGUGCAGCUCAAACGUCAGCUGGCCUCACCCGAUCUCAGUGCAGAUGUGAGACACCACAUUGAGAUUCAGAUGCAGGAGCGGCAGCAGAAACUGAUGCACAUGUACCACCAGGUGGCGGUCAUGUUUGCGGACCUGCACGACACGGCCGGCCGGAUGAGAGAUAAGAAUGUCAUCACGGACAUCAUUUCAUGGCGCACGUCACGCCGAUUCUUCUACUGGCGACUGCGGCGCCGCCUGCUGGAGAACCAGGUGAAGCAGAAGAUUUGGCACACGAACGCGGACCUCACCGAUGGACAGGUGGAGUCCAUGAUGCGUCGUUGGUUCAUCGAGGCAAAGGGAGCCGUCAACGGAUAUCUGUGGGACGACAACCAGUCGGUCGUGGAGUGGUUGAGAGAGCAGUUAGAGGUUGAACCAUCCGUCUCGCUGGUCAUGGAAAACAUUCGCGCGUUGCAGAGAGAUGCAGCCAUAAAGAACAUUCGUCAGACGCUGCAGGACUACCCCGAGGUGGCGAUGGACUCGAUCGUACACAUCACACAGAACAUGUCAGCCGCACAGCGUGCCGACGUCACACGAAUCCUCUCCACGAUGGACAUCGGCACCGAGCCAGCCGCGCCCGGCACGCCCAAGUGAGCGUGGCGGCGCCCUCUGUUGUCGGCCGUCCCUCGCCUGGCACACCCAACAGGUGGCAGCACCUGUGCCUCCUGCACUGUGAUAGGGGGGUGUCUAUAUUCAAGCCGGUACGGGAGAUUAUG